GAGGGUUGGAUUUUGUGCAAACCGAGAUGCUUGGCAGCCCAAGUUCCCGCUCAGGACUUCAUACGGUAGAGUGAAGAUCGGUUCUCCACUAGCGAGAGUGCCGAAUAAAAGAUCUGACAGAGGCUGCUCCGAAAGGGCCUCAUGCGCGUUGCCUUCGCCUCAGACUGCCGGCUGUGUUGCCUCGUGCUGCCGAAAUAUUCGGGAUGGAGCGUCGUGCCUUGCGAUUGGCCCAACUUUUCCUCUUUGUGCUAUGGGCUAAUAGCCUAAUAACAAUUGGAUUAGCAGGUGCACAACAGCAGAUCAUCUGCAAUGAAUCCUUCAUGCUACAGAACUUGCCAGUGUGUGGAAAAUCCUUUGAAGAGAUGAUGCACAAAGUGGAUUCUACAAAAUGGUGCAAUCUUACAGAGUUUAUACUGUAUUACAACAACUUUAUUCUAUGUACAGAACACAAAGUUUCAACAGCAAAGUGCUUUUGGCCUAACCCACUGGCUGAAGGUUUCAUCACUGGAAUCCAUAGACAAUUCUUUACAAACUGUACCUCAGAUAAAGUGCAUUGGGAAGAUCCUCCUGAUAAAAUUCUGGUUCCUUUGAUUUUCAUUCCAAUUCUUCUGACAGUUGCCAUGGUUGGUUUAGUGGUAUGGUGUAGCAAAAGAAGUGAUAUUUUGGUAUAACUCAGCAUUCAUCACCAUGUUUUUCUUUUUUUAAUUGAGAAUGGAAUAGAAAUAUUAUUUGUACUGUAUAUCUACAUGUACUUGUGUGCAUGUGUGUGCAUGUGUAUGUGUAGGUAUACACAGACAGACACAUACAUAUAAAGAUAAUUUUGGCAAGCAGAACCUACAUUCUUCUGUAGCUACACAUAUCUAGUAUAAACAUUACUUCUCCAGCAGUAUAGACAUUGUUCUGAAAAAAAGUGUGGCUCAUGACCAUAACUCUAUAAUGAAUAGAAACUGAAAACAAUAUCUGAAUCUGCUAUAUACAAUGGAAGUUUGUGGCUUUUAAAUUCAAUAAUGAAUCUCAGCUGUUUAAUAUUUUUUUUAAAGAUGAUACUAUAUGUGAACUGUAGAUUUGAUUUGUAUGCACAUGUAUUCUGAACAAUCAUAUUUAUGGUAGGGGCUGUUUUGGAAUUAAAUGUGAAAAUUAAGAAUAUUUAAGUGUGAACUUUGGGACUUAAAUAGACUGUCCUUGCCAAAGAUAUAUAGCAUGCAUAUACAUGUGCAGCAAAGUGGAAACACUGUGAAUAAUGAAUGAUCAAAGAAUUGUCACGAUUAUGCUGGCUCUUCUACAAAUUAGUAAACAAGAAACAUGUCCUUGAAUGUUCACAUCCUGGACUGGAAAUCUACAGAUUGGUCUCUUGAAAGGAUAUAGUUUUCUUUUGCAAAGCUGCAAAGAGAAUGAGAGGAAAUUGGUCAACCAGAAAUCUAUUCAAGUGUUAAAGGAACUGUUACAUUCGUCUCUGUGUUUUUAAACUGGUAAUUUUAAGACAAUUUUCCUUCCUUCUUCCAUAGCCUUUUUAAAUUUCUGAUAUGCUUUAAAUGGUCAGAUUUCAUAGGAAGAAAAUAUGGCAAUCAUUUUAAUACUAACCCAUUUCAGAUUUUGCAUAUUGAAAUAUAAUUUAUAUGUUAGAUGUUUUGAAUUUCCACCCAGACAUACACAUAUAGAAGAAAUUAGUUUAGUUUAGCAAACAUCUUAGACUUCUUCAGAAGCUAUACCUUUAGUCAAAUGAACAGGAUAAACAACUUAUAUUCUUAUAGAAAACCUCAGAUUUUCUAAUCCGAAGUCUUCUGUAACAUCAAAAUUAUAUUAUAUAAUAGCGCAAACAUCUUCAAUUAGAAAUAUUUUGUCUUUAUACCUGCAUAAUUAAAUAACACUAGACAGCUUAGCAAUGAUCUGAUAUUCAUCAAAAUAUCUACCAUUUUGGGGACCUAUUUUGGAUGUUAUUAGUAUGCCACCUGAUUCUUAUCUUGGUCAUCUAUUACCUGUUAUAUUUAAAAAAUGAGAUAGGAUAGAGAUCACCAAGUGGUCCCUUGUAAUCUAUCUUCAGUGGGGUUUGUAUAUGCUUUUA